AUGAGCGAACCACCAAGCCCUCCAACAGCAGGGCCAAGUCGUAGUCAAGACCCACAAUUCCCCGAGCCACUCCCAGUGCCACCCCUCACACGUUCCCACUCCCACCACUCUACCGCCUCAAAGCGUUCCAAAUCUCGCCACUCUACCGCCUCAAAGCCCAUCUCCCGCUCAAGCUCCCACAACCCCACAAACCGCGAAGUCCUACAACUCCUCGCAGACGCAGAAAUCGCUGUACGCGACCUCCGCGCAGACGUCUCUCUCUUGAAUUCACAACUUUCGUUCGAGCAGGAACGCGCAGAUAAUGCAGAGUUUAAAGCAAAAGAAGCAUGCAUACGGUUCAAAAACGCGAAUGAUACUCGCUUGGUCUCGCAGGGUGAAGUCGUGCGUUUGACUGAAGAGCUGAGGUUAUACAAAGACGCACUCGAACAAGCGCAGAAGGAGAUCUUCCGCGCGCAGGGCGUGUUGAAGGACGUCGAGGGAAGGAGGAGGGAGGCAGAGGAGGAAGCUGCAAAGCUAAGAAGCAGAUUCCGCAAGGUCAUGGAAGGAGAAGAUGAUCGAAGUCGCUCGCGAGGAGGGAAGGAAGCAGGGCCUCCAGGAAGGAUUAGAGAUGGGGAAGGAUAUGGGCUACGUCCACGGGAGGAGCAAGGGCUUACGCACAAGGUCGACGCGAGUGACGACGAAACUAGUAAUUCAAAGGGAGACGUGCAGGACUCUGAUCCCCGAUACACUCGAUCCACCACGCCCCGAUUCAGACCAGAACCGGUAUCACGCGCUUCAUCUAGUGAAAACACUGGUGAAUCCUCGCGUCCUCACAGCUGGAUCCCAGAAGCUGAUGCUUCUCUCAUCAUCCGCUUGCCACCUCCACACGAGCUCCAGCGCGGUCGUCGUACACCCUCCCCGAUCCACUCGAGUCCGGGUUCUCCUUUGCAUGCGCUACCGAUACCACUCGAUGAUCCCGUUCUCAUGGUACCAGAACCCCGAACCCCUGGCGUGCCCGUAUACGCAGUACCUGCUUCAGAUUCCCGCCACUCACGAGCGGUACGUCGUAGAGCUUCGGUCACAGAAAGCAUCGGCUCUACGAGGACGUCAGAACUGGAACUUCUCAGUCCACCAGAGCACCCUGCUAAUCGAUCUGGUGGGCUGAGCGUCAUUCCUGAGGUGAUGAGUGUGCAGGAGCAGAGUACGCCUGGUAGCCGGAGCAUGAGACCGAGCGUUGAAGAUGAUGUGGACGAGGCAGGCUUCGUACACGUGUCUAUGCCAGCAACGCGUUCAUCUAGGGGUUCGGUUCGGAGGCAGGGGACACCCUCUACCGUAUCAGCAUCCAGAUCACCAGCACGAGAUUCAACGCGUCCCAUCAGCACAUCAUCAAGCGGCACCGUCGGCAUCACCAUCCAACCGCCCUCACGUCCUGCAUCUAAUAUGUCGCAAGCCACAGCGUCUGGACAGCGUCCCUACUUCCUUAGCCCUGCUGAUGCCGACCGGCCUUUGCCGUCGCGUCCGUAUUCACCGGGAGGGACGCCGUCGAUGGCCCCUUUACCACCUACGGGGAGUACGGUUCCUAUUGGUUUACCCGGAGGUCAGCUUCCCCCUGGAUUCGUACCCAUCGGCCCUCCAACCCCAGCUUCAGCAACAGCUCCAAUUCCGUCUCCAGUUCCCCGCGCACAGUACACACCAGCACCAAAACCCAUCCCCGCCCCCUCGCAACACCAAUUCACAGGAAGCGCCAUCCCUAUCCCCUGCAGUCCCAAACAAACGCACCAAUCCCUCAACUACUCCAAAUCUCAAUCCCAAUCCCACAACUCCAACUCCAACUCCAACCACGACUACGAGUACGAUUACGACCACCACGACUAUAACGACGCUAACCAAGGCCCAGCAGUAAUCCCCCCACCCUCUCAAAAAUUCGCCCCAGAAUCAGAUGAGAGCAGUAGUAGCGACACUGAUACGCUUACGCGGAGAACGCCGCCGAGGAAGUAUAGGGCUGCGGGGAGUGCUGCGAGUUUGUAUACUGCUACUGGGACUCCGAGGUAUAGUGCGGGUGGGGGGGUGCCUUUGAGUGGGAGUUUGGGGAGUGCUGGUGGGGGUGGGGGAGGAGGAGGGGGGAGGGGGUUAGGUAUGGGGGUUGGGUAUGGGAGGAGUGGGAGUGCUGGGGGGAGGGAGAGAGAUGAUGGGUCGUAUUCUUCUGAACGCCCGGGCCUGAAGCUUUUGGUGCAGAAAUUUCCUAAUUUUGGGAACACAUACCUCGUUGAAAUUUCAAACCGCGUCAUAGUCAUUCUUCCAGUUUCCCCUCUCAAGAUCCCAAGCAGCAUCGAUGAGCAGAGCAGAGCAAUGACACAAUAUUAA